AUGGCAGAAGAAAAUAAAACUAGUAAGGACGUGAAAGAUGAGGGAAAAGGCCAAGAGCAGGAGCAUGAAGAAGUUGACGAAGACGCAGAGCUUCGAUCUAUUUUUGUAGGGAAUGUACAUUUUCGAACCACAAAAGAAGAGCUGACUGAGUUUUUCAAAGAAUGUGGCGAAAUCAAGCGAAUCACAAUUUUGCAAGACAAAUUUACAGGGCAGCCAAAAGGGUUUGCAUAUGUGGAGUUUGCUGAUAAGGAGAGUGUCCAGUCAGCGUUGGCAUAUAAUGAUGCCACCUUUAACAGCAGACAGAUAAAAGUCUUGCCAAAGCGCAAAAAUCUCCCUCUAAAAUACCCGCCAAGCCGAUUUCACGCAUAUCCGAGACGAGGCCGAUUUUUCAGCAGAGGCAGGUUCAGAUACAGACCUUACUAG